AGCACACGGAGUUGGACGGUUAUGUGCACGCCAUUCCCCUUCUUGUUAAGACAAAACCACGACCGUGUCUUCUCUCUCUCUCUCUCUCUCUCCAUUAGGUCCUAUACCUCUUCUUUCCUUCUUCUUCUUUCUCCAUUCGAUUACAGAUCCCUAUCACCAUACCAUGGCUUCCGAAUCUCACUGGUGUUACAGUUGCAGCCGCUUCGUCCUAAUCUCCGAUUCAAUCUCCUGUCCCGAUUGCGACGGAGGCUUCCUCGAACACCUCCACCAAAGCCCCACAAGAUUCCCUCCUCCUCCUCCCCUCUCCAUCACUCGUACCACGAGCAACCGAUCUCCCAACCCAGUCAUCGUCCUCCGCGGAUCUAACCCUUCCGACCGAUCUCCUUUCCAGAUGUACUACGACGACGGUUCGGACUCUGGUCUCAGACCGUUACCCCCGAGCAUGACCGAGUUUCUCCUCGGCUCCGGUUUCGACCGGUUGCUCGACCAAAUCUCUCAGAUCGAGCUUAGCAGCAACAACAACAACAGUAGCUCAUGCGAUCAUCCACCGGCUUCUAAAUCAGCAAUCGAAGCUUUGCCUGUGAUCGAAAUCGCUCCGACUCAUCUCGUGUCGGACUCUCAGUCUCACUGCGCCGUUUGCAAAGAGACGUUCAUUCUCAGCUCCGAGGCUCGGGAGAUGCCGUGUAACCAUAUCUACCACCCCGACUGUAUCCUCCCCUGGCUCGCGAUUCGUAACUCCUGCCCCGUUUGCCGCCACGAGCUUCCCGCGGAGGAGGAGGAGGAUGUAGCCACCACUACGGUUGCGGAGGAGGAUGGUGGUGAUUCCUCGGCGGGGAUGACGAUUUGGAGGUUGCCUGGCGGAGGAUUCGCUGUGGGGAGGAUCCCCGGUGGAUGGAGAGGUGGAAUGCCGGUGGUGUACACGGAGGUCGACGGUGGGAGAUUGGGAGAAGAGAGGCGUCCGAGAAGAGUAGCGUGGGGUUCGAGAAGAGUAGGAAGUAGUGGAGAGAGAUCGGGUGGGUUUGCGGGUCGGAUCAUGAGACUAUUUGGAUGUUUCAGCGGGUCGUCUGGAUCCGUAGCAUCCGGGUCUAGAUCACAGGUGAACCGUAGGAGCAGGUCGUCGUUUGCUUUGUUUAGGACAGCUUCUUCUUCUUCUUCUUCUUCAAGGAGGCGACAUUGGCUAGCUUCAUAAGGCAAACACAACAACAUGAUGGUGUUCCUUCUUGUAAGAUUAUUUCUUAUGUGUAAUGAUUAUAUCUCUCUGCGAGUAAAAUUGAUACAAAAGUUUUUAGGUCAAGUCACAAGUGAGAUUGAUAGUGUUGAAUUCAUUCAUGAAUAACGUUCUUUCAUUAGUUCA